ACCCAGGAGGGAGGGGGCUGGGGGCCUCCUGUCUUCCUGGGAACCUCUUUAGUCCUUCUCCCCAGCCUGGCUCCUCCUCCAGGCUCCGGGCUCGUGCCCGCCGUCGUUUGCGCGCACCGCUCCUCCGCCCCCCUCCUCCGGCUCCUGCCAUCCUUCCCCCUCCUCCUCUUCCCCCUCCUCCUCUUCCUCCUCCUCCUCCACCCAUCACCGCCACUACGGACGCCUUCGCCUCCUGCUACUCCUCGCGCUGCCGCCCGCUCCUCGCGCUCCCCGCCAGCUUCCUCCAGCGCUACGCACCGCUCCUAGCGGUUCGGCUGCUGCUGCUGCAGUCUCUCUCUCUCUCUCUCUCUCUCUCUCUCUCUGUCUCUCUGUCUCUCUCUGUCUCUCUCUCUCUCUGUCUCUCUGUCUCUCUCUCUCUCAAGUUUCCCAUCUCCUCACGAUCAGGGCUCAGAGAGGAAAACGUCGAAUUCUGCUUGCUGUUUAAGAGGGGUGAUGAAGACGAAAUCGAACAUCUCCAACAUGCAGUCGCUCCUUCUUGUUUUCUUGGUGUGGGACCCAGCCAGGUUGGUCCUGGCUAACAUCCAAGAAGAUGAGGCUAAAAAUAACAUUACCAUCUUCACGAGAAUUCUAGACAGACUUCUGGAUGGUUACGAUAAUCGGCUUAGACCAGGCCUGGGAGACAGCAUUACUGAAGUCUUCACUAACAUCUACGUGACCAGUUUUGGCCCUGUCUCAGAUACAGAUAUGGAAUAUACAAUAGAUGUUUUUUUCCGACAAAAAUGGAAAGAUGAGCGUUUAAAAUUUAAAGGUCCUAUGAAUAUCCUUCGACUUAAUAAUUUAAUGGCUAGCAAAAUCUGGACGCCAGAUACCUUCUUUCACAAUGGAAAAAAGUCCGUAGCUCAUAAUAUGACAAUGCCAAAUAAACUACUUCGAAUCCAGGAUGAUGGAACGCUGUUAUACACAAUGAGGCUGACAGUUCAAGCUGAAUGUCCAAUGCACUUGGAGGAUUUUCCAAUGGAUGCUCAUUCAUGUCCUUUGAAAUUUGGCAGCUAUGCAUAUACAACCUCAGAAGUCACUUAUAUUUGGACUUACAAUGCAUCUGAUUCGGUACAGGUGGCUCCUGAUGGCUCCAGGCUAAAUCAGUAUGAUCUCCUGGGCCAAUCAAUUGGGAAGGAGACAAUUAAAUCCAGUACAGGUGAAUACACCGUAAUGACAGCUCAUUUCCACUUGAAAAGAAAAAUCGGGUAUUUUGUGAUUCAGACAUACCUGCCUUGUAUCAUGACUGUCAUUCUCUCCCAAGUGUCGUUCUGGCUUAAUAGAGAGUCUGUGCCUGCGAGAACUGUAUUCGGAGUAACUACCGUUCUAACAAUGACAACUCUAAGCAUCAGUGCUCGGAACUCCCUCCCUAAAGUGGCUUAUGCCACUGCCAUGGAUUGGUUUAUUGCUGUUUGUUAUGCAUUUGUGUUCUCUGCCCUAAUUGAAUUUGCAACUGUUAAUUACUUCACCAAAAGAGGAUGGGCUUGGGAUGGGAAAAGUGUAGUAAAUGACAAGUCCCCUUCAAUAAAAGCUGAAGGCACUAUAUUAACAUACAACUCAGUGAAGGCAAUUCUUCAAGGAGCUAAACUAAUAUGGUCCAAGUAUAUAGCUUUCUCAUGGCCCAAUUUAAACCAAGGAAAGACUUUAGAGUACUUAGAGAAGUGGAUGGACUGUUUAACCUUCAAACAAUCUUCUAAAAAAGAGAAAGCGUCUGUCAUGAUACAGAACAAUGCUUAUGCUGUUGCUGUUGCCAAUUAUGCCCCGAAUCUUUCAAAAGACCCGGUUCUCUCCACCAUCUCCAAGAGCGCAACCACGCCGGAGCCCAAUAAGAAGCCGGAAAACAAGCCAGCGGAAGCCAAGAAAACCUUCAACAGUGUCAGCAAAAUUGACAGAAUGUCCAGAAUAGUUUUCCCAGUUUUGUUUGGUACAUUUAAUUUAGUUUACUGGGCUACCUAUUUAAACAGGGAGCCUGUAUUAGGAGUCAGCCCUUGAAUCUAGGCACAGGUUAUUUUUGGGAUAUAUAGUGACCUUAAACUUGUUUGUUUUGCUAUGUACAGUCUGACUAAUAACUGCUAAUUUGUCAACCAGUAUGUACAGUAUGUAUAUAGUGAUACCGCUUACCAGUAGACCUUUAACAGAGGUAUGCAUUUACCAACUUUCAGAAAUGUGGCCAGAAGCACCCCAAGCUAAAAAAAGCCAUUGCCUUUUUUAAAGAUUUACCCUGGGACAUGGUUUAUAGUGGUUUUCAGAAUACCUAACUUAUUUCCUGUUCUUCUAAUAUUGAUGAAAAUUGGGAUCCUAUAUUAUCCUUUAUGGAACAUUUUGAUUUGGGAGUAUUAUUUUUACUGUUGGCUAAUUGUAAUAGAAGAUAAUGUCACUUAAGAUAAAUUCUUAGCAGAAUCUUAAGUCUGCAAUAUCACUUCCCUCCACGAGUGCUCAGCAUCCCUAUUAAUGUAAUUGGAAGCUUGACAUACAUAAAAAGAAAAAACUAGAGAUUUGAAAUCAGCUUUUAAUUACUCUGUAGAGUAUCUGUAGUCAUGUACAUAUUACAGCAUGACAAGCUCAAAUAAUUAUGAGUCACCCUGACGGGAUGUUAAUUAUGCCUACAAUUUAAUAACUAUUGGAAUGUCAUGGUCAGUAUAUUUUUAGCUUCAGAAUUCAUUUGAAAAUAAUAAUUGAAAUCUUAUGACUUAUUUCAUUCACUCCAAACUACCUUAAAUUAAAAAAAGAAUAAAUGUGUCUUACUCUUUGCAGUUAUGCAUUGUACUGAAAUUUAUCAGCUUCUUUUUUCUUCUCUUUUUCUUUCUUUCUUUCUUUCUUUUCUUUCUUUUUCUUUCUUUCUUUCUUUCUUUCUUUCUUUCUUUCUUUCUUUCUUUCUUUCUUUCUUUCUUCAUUUUGGUGCUGGAGACUGAAAAAUAACCCAGUUUGGCUGCUGUGGAGCAACUUUCAUAUUGGUUCAGAAACUUGUGCCAAAAACUCCAAUUGCUGAGAAUUCAUGGGUGUCCCAAACUGUAGAUGAGCACUUAUAUGAUUCUCUUCUUUCCUGUUUACUGCAAAUUCUGCCUUAAGGCUUCCUUUCAUCAGGACUCAGAAGCCACUAAUUAUAAAGGAAAGGGCAGUUAGUUGGCACGUUUUUCUGAUUUGAAAGCAGCUCUUUCAGAUAAGAAUUAAUAUGCAUCUGCUUUUGUAAAAUGCAACUUUAAACUUCACUGACUCAAAUUUACAACAGCUUUGUAUACCAGAAAAGAUUUUGGUAAGAGUUGAGCAUUUUUAAACCACAAAUUUAAAAUAUCACCAAUAGAUAGUGGACUAUUUCACAUGCACAGACUUACACAAACAUACUCUCACACACAAAUAAAUUAGACACCACAAUUUUAUAUAAUUAUGAAUGAAUGGUAAAAUUAAUUUUAUUUUAAUAUUUAAAAACACUCUUUAUGUCCCUGAAAUAUGCUAGUAAAAGUUAACAAAUAUUUGUCUAGAUUCAGAGGUUUGUGGCAAACUUAAAAAACUUUUAAUUGAUGUGUACAUUAGCAGUUAUUAGUUGACUUGUAACAAUAGAUGCACCUUAACAAUGUUUUUUUGUAGAAAUAUAAGUAGUCAAAUAGUGGCAUUUCUUGCAAUUUUGUACAGUAUUUGAUUAUAGUGCAAAAUAGGUAUGUUCACAAAAUCAAUAAAAGGAGUAUCUUAUGGAAACAAGCAAAAUCUUAACAAAAAUUGUUUUUCCUUUGCCUCUCAAUUUUUUCUAUUUUCUUUAAGUGUGAACCUCUUAUGUGUUGUGCAUGACUGUAGUAAUACUAAGGUCACAAAUGCAUCUUAUUAACAAAAAUUGCCAUGAAGACCACCUUGGCAUUAAAAAUUCCCUCCCAAAAAUAAUCCAUAAUCCUUAAUAAAAUAAAACUGUUACAUGAGCCAAUAAAUGUAUUUCUUUAAUUCCCUUUCCAUUAA